AUGCUCAAAUUCUCAUUGGCUUUUAAAUGUGUUUCUUUAAAGUUGGAGAGUCUUGAAGUUCUGAAGAAAACAUUCAAGAAGUUGGACCACGAUGUUGAUAUCCAAGUGUUCCUUGGUUCCAGCACCCAAACAGUUGAGGAGAUAACUAAUCACUGGUCGUCAUUGCAUGGUCAACUAUUAGAUGUACAAAAAAGACUCAGCAAUUGGGUUGACCCAGACAAGAUUGAUAACAUAAACCAUAUUACCACAAUGGAACAAUCUCUUAAGGAAUCUCUUGGCCAAAUUCAAGUGCAUAAGGUAAAACAUAUUGGGGUUCUGAAUUUAUGA